AUGUUGGCAACCGAAAGCGUCCGUAGCAGCAGUGGCUGCUGAGAUGUACGAACUUCCGGUUCUCCCAGUAGCUGCCGCUGCUGUCUCUGCCACCUGCCACGGCUGGGCCUCAGCCUGGGUUUGGUCACCUCUUCUUCGUUCUUCACCGCGCCCAUGGUCCCUCCGGGAGCCAGGGCGGCGGGCCCGGCGGCUCCCGCGUGGUGAGAGAGCGGUCCGGGGACGAUGAAGGCCCCGCACUGCUGCUGCUGUCUCAUCCACUUCCUGGCCCCGGUCUUUCUCCUGCUGCUGCUGCCAGGGCUGAGCGGACCUCUUGUGGUACUGCUACGGGCGGCCGAUGCCGCGCCGGGCCCUGGGCCUCCAGACCCUGGGUCGCGAACACAACCGUCCCUACCGCGGGGCCCCACCGCUGCCCAACAGCCGGGCCGUGCUUCGGCUGAAGCUGCAGGGCCACAGGGCUCAGAGGCCGGCAAUGGCAGCAGCCCCGGGGCGGGACUUAUGGCGGAUGAUCACGGAGGGAAGGCCGUGGAAGGCUUACUGGGUGGCGGCCUCGCUGUGAGCCCCAACCUUGGCGACAAGCCCAUGACCCAGCGGGCCCUGACUGUGUUGAUGGUAGUGAGCGGCGCGGUGCUGGUGUACUUCGUGGUCAGGACGGUCAGGAUGAGAAGAAGAAACCGAAAGACUAGGAGAUACGGGGUUUUGGACACUAACAUAGAAAACAUGGAAUUGACACCUUUAGAACAAGAUGACGAGGAUGAUGAUAACACAUUGUUUGAUGCCAAUCAUCCUCGAAGGUAAGUAUUCUAAUUUCAUGAAUCAAGAAACAAGUCCUUGCCAAGUAAAUUGAAGUGAAGUGGACUUUUGUUUAA